CCUUUCUCAUUCUAUAAAACAUUAUUAUAAAUACUCGUAGCCAUUUCCAAGAAAGGAGAUCAAAAACAUGGAAAAUAAUACAAGGAGAUUGUUCAAGCAAAUGAACAAAAGCAAAUCAAAAUCCAGUUCUACUAUAAUAUGCAAGAAGCAUCCAAAACACAAGCAAAACCCUGGAGUCUGUUCCGUUUGCCUUAGUGAAAAACUCUCUCUGCUUUCAAGAAGUAAUACGACCACUAUUACUAAUUCUUCUUCUUCUUCUUCUUCUUUGUCAUCUUUGUCCUCCUCUUCAGACGUGUCCUCCUGUUCAUCUCCACCUCGUUAUAGAACAAGCACAAACAACAAUAAUGUGCUCAUGAAGAGUAGAUCAUUGGCUUUGAUUAUGAGAAGAAGAGAUGGUGGAGUUAUGUUGGAAGAAAAUAGCAAUGGAAACAAGAAAAAGAAAGAAGGAUUUUUUUCAAAAUUGCUAAAUCCAAAGAGAAGUAGAAAGGAUGAAGGAUUGGCACAUUCAAGAACAAUGAGAGAAAGGGUUAUAACAAGAUUUAGAAUUACUGCAGCAUGAGAAUUUUUAUUUUAUUUUAUUUUAUUUUAUUUUUCUUCUUCUCUUUUUAUGAGAUUUGUUGUAUUAAUUGUUUUUUUUUUUAGUUUAGGUUAGGUAAAUUAAUUAUACAAAAUUAAGAAAAAGAUAUACGAAGUACAUAGGGACACAUAUAUAUGUAUGAUCUUUGGAAUUCAUGGGUGUGCUUGCAAGAAAAAGCAACCACUUUUGAUCAAUAUACACAACAAUUUUCAGUUUUGAUUA